AUUUCGGUCAGACCUGGUUGACCUUAGUGUUCGUUCAAGAUCGGAUGGCGUCAGAGAUCGCUGAUGCAGGGUGGAUUUAAAUGCCAAGAACGUAUUAACCUACCUAGCCAGAAAUCAUGCGAGUGAACAAGACAGAAAAUCGAACAACCGAACAGUCAAACUACCUAAAUCUUCCUAGACAAUCAACAAUGUUCCGCUGAAACAAUGUUCCGCUGCCAACAUCUGUCUACUCCUCUCGAUAUUUCCUCAUAGCUGCACAGCUGGCCACCAUGAGCCAGGAAUACUUCUCACCCAAGGGGGAGUCUUCUCAGAGGCGCAAUUCCGAUACCGACGCCAACGCCGAAACGAAAUGCGAGUCUGACGAGGCCUCGAGCCACGACCAGCAAGCUUCCCAAGCCCUAGUUGCUCCAGCAUACAUGACUGUCGGUACUGGGUCGGCAUCUCACCAUGCUGCGCGCUUGCAGGCAAUGCUCGACCGCGACUCUGGCUAUGGCGGCAGCAUGGCUGGUGAUGAUGUAAGCCCGUCCAUGUUUGACCCAGCUGCUGCUGCAGCAUGGGAUUCUGCCAUCCAUGAAGACAGGCCAAUACUUGCCCAGGCAUUUCCCAGUCAGGUCACCGAUACCGACCGUCGGGCGAUCCAAGCCGGAGCCGUCCACCAGCUCUGGUACAAUUCACACCGCGCCGCCCUUGGUCGCUCCAUCAACACAGUUGUCGAGCUCCUCAAAAGCCUGCAGGACAUGAAUGUUACAUGGCCUGCCCACUAUCCCUCAGUUCAACGUGCGGCCCUCGAUGCGCCAUCCCAGCCUGUUACGAGGCCCGGCAUCCAACAUACGCACACAAUGUCAGGAGGAUUUGAGGCGUCCUCGUCACCUCCCGCGGCUCCUCAGCUUCGACGAUCUAUGACAUCGCUCGAGGAUGCCGAGGCCGAGUCGAGCAAGGUUGCUGAACGCAGGACUGUGCCAGAACCACGACUUGUUACCCCUCAGAUCGCACAAGAGUUUUCGGUUCUAAAGCUUGAUCUGAAGCUGGGCUCUUUAAAUCAGGCCGAGUUGGUCCACUCGCUGGAGAAGAGCUCAAUUGCUUCACUUCUUGAUGGCAAGAUACGCUCAAGCAUCAAGCACCUUUUAUCGCUGCGGGAGCGCAUAGAAGACACGUCAAGCAAGGUUUUGAUCACAGGCGAUCUGAAUGCUGGCAAAUCUACGUUUUGCAACGCAUUGCUACGGCGGAAAAUCUUGCCCGAAGACCAGCAGCCCUGCACAAGCAUAUUCUGCGAGGUUCUCGACGCGCGGGAGAACUGCGGUGUCGAAGAGGUGCACGCCGUCCACAAGGAUACCAUCUACGACCGGCACGACGAGACGACUUACGAUGUCUACACCCUCCAGCAGCUCGAGAAAAUUGUUACUGACAACAGCACAUAUACGCAGUGCAAGGUUUAUGUUAAAGAUGUCCGUACAAUCGAUGAGUCUCUGCUCAACAAUGGCGUGGUCGAUAUUGCUCUGAUUGACGCGCCCGGUCUCAACAUGGAUACAACAAAAACGACGGCCAUAUUCGCUCGGCAGGAAGAGAUUGACGUUGUGGUGUUUGUUGUUUCGGCCACCAACCAUUUCACCCAGACUUCAACAGAGUUCAUCCGGGCUGCUGCUGCAGAGAAAGCUUACCUCUUUGUCGUAGUGAACGGCUUCGACACUAUCAGGGACAAGGAGCGAUGCCAGAAGCUAAUCCUCGGACAAAUCAAGGCACUGAGCCCUGCGACAUACAAGGAAGCAGGCGAGUUGGUGCACUUCGUAUCAAGCACAGCCAUUCCAAUGGCACCAUCACCACCUGGAGGCCCUAGCGGCGGCGGCGGAUCAGGCAGUGCGAGCGGCGGCGGCGGCGGAGACGAGCCGGGAGACGAUGACCCCAAAGGCAAAGGCAAGGACAAAGAGAACGUCCGGGACUUCGCCAUCCUUGAGCAGUCGCUGCGGAGAUUUGUGCUUGAGAAGCGGGCGCGUUCCAAGUUGGCUCCGGCAAAGACGUAUCUCAUGAACAUUCUGAACGACGUAAAUGUGCUUUCCACGGUCAACUCGGAGGUCUCUCAGUCAGAGCUGGACCGGGUUACAAGGGAGUUGGAGGAGAUUGAGCCGAUGCUGCAGUCGAGCAAGAAGGCCCAAUCAGAGCUGAGCGAUCAGAUUGACCAGACAAUCGAAGACACCUGCAACGACGUCUAUAAUUACUCUCGUUCAACGAUCAGCACAGCCAUCUCGCACGCUGGCGAUGAGAAUCUCGGCAUUCCUUACCCUGGAGUUUUCAGUGCGUUCCAGUACGCUGAUGAGAUCAAGCAGGCAAUGCUGUCACAGAUUGCGGCCUCGGUGGUUGAGUGUGAGGAACAGGCCCGAUCCGAGACGGUCGGCGGCGUCAACGUCAUCAAGCAACUUGGCAUUCUCCAUCUUGGGAACGAAUACAACGAUCUCAACUUCCGGCCUGAGAUCAUGUUUCGUCGCAAGAGUCACGCUUUGGCCCGGCAAGUAGACAUUCCUAUAGAGCUUUGGGAUUUUAUCGACUGGUCCACUCUCGUGCAGAAGGAAGAAAAGACCAGCAUGGCCUUGACUGUUGCUGGUGUGGUCGGAACAGGCGUCAUCGGCAGCUAUGGCCAUGUGAAUGUUGCGCUACGUCUUGCACAGGCCCUGGGCAGCGAUAGCUUGCGCCGCCUGAUCAUUCCCGGCGUGAUCGCUGCUGCGGUUGCAACGACCUUCUACAUCCUCAAGCAGAUCCCUCACUCCCUCCCACAUCGCCUCAGCAGCAAGAUCUCGGCCCAACUCGGGGCCAUCGAUUACGUACACUCCAAUAGCACCCGCAUCUCAGGCUCGGUACGCAAGGUGUUGCGCUUCCCAGCCGAGUCUUUGCGGGUUGGUCUACAGCGGUCCGUAGAACAACUCAGCAGCCGCCGCGACGAAACACUUCGCGUGCGGGCUGAGAGUGACACGGCCCUCAAAUACUUUAGCAAUCUAGUUGAGAAGAGUGCCCACCAGCGCCGGAUCGUGGAAGCAGUGGAUUUGGAUGGCCACCCACCAGGUAUGGCGGCCGCCAGCGGCGGAAAUUAAGAGAGGGGGUGACACGGUUUGUAGUAGUAGAUGGUAUUUCUUUUGUAUGUGGUCGGCGUUGCUAGGAGCUUUCUGGGCUAUUCCGGGGUGAAAGAAGUCUCGUAGUCCUCGGGGCGUGGCAUCUUCAUGGGGUUAUGGGUCAUGAAGAGGCAUGGGAACAUGGGGGGAAAGCAUCCAAGGCGUUAAUCGGGACAUGUUAAAGGAGGCUUGGCUGUUUCGAACCCCACUCGCUGUGGUCCGCUUUUUAGCGCAAAUGCUUUCCGUGUAAAUAUUCGAGUUACGGCUCAGCAAAGAAUGAAACAUUUUCUACA